AUGUGGUGCUCCCACAAUGGCUUUCAAGAUCUGAUCCAACAUGUUUGGUCAGUGCCCACGGUGGGGAACCCAAUCCAAAUUAUCAUCGCAAAACGAAAGGCGGUUAAGCAAGCUCUCAAACAGUGGAACAAGAACAUAUUCGGCAACAUCUUCACCCAAAUCCAAUCGACUGUGUUGGACCUCAACCGCUCUGAAGCAACAGCUCUUGAUGCCCCAUCCCUAGCAGCCAAGCAGGACAUUCAGAAACUCUGGGAUUCCUUCUCUUGCAUGGAAAGCUACGAAGAAAUAUUCUGGAAGCAAAAAUCACGGGCCCAUUGGCUGGAAGAUGGGGACCGCAACACAAAAUUCUUCCACUCUAUUGCGGCUGGAAAUUCUAAAAGAUCAAUAAUCCAUUCGAUCAAGCGAGCCGAUGGCACUACACUUUCCAACAUCCCUGAUAUCAAAGCAGAGGCAAUCGCCCACUUUCAGCUCCUUCUGCAGGAGGACGAUAACCCGCGCUUUGGUGACUUCCUGGACCCUAUCCCGCACAAGGUGAUAGCCCAAGAUAACACCUUCCUGAUGGCGGAUCCUUCCUAUGAAGAGUUGUUGGAAGCCGUCAAAGCCAUCCCUCUGGAUGGUGCAACUACCCCAGACGAAUUCACUACAGCCUUCUUCCAGUCGUGUUGGCCCAUAAUACGUCACGACCUCCUUUUGGUGGCAAAAUAUUUCAUCGGCAGAGCUGCUCUUCCUCGUGCCCUCAUGGCAUCGCUGAUCUACCUCAUUCCCAAGAUAAGUGCUCCGGCUUCUUUCUCAGAUUUUCAUCAUAUUAGUCUGUGCAAUUACUUAUCCAUGGCAGAAAGUUGCAUCUUGGUGCAAGAAACUUUCCGAGAUAUCAACAAGAAAGUCAGGGGAGGGAACUUGCUCAUCAAAUUAUACAUGGAAAAGGCCUACGAUAGGCUUAAUUGGAAAUCUCUAAGAGAGGUCCUUAAGCAGUUCGGCUUCCACAACAACUGGAUUUUUCUAGUUAAGAGGUGUUGGUCUGAAUGCUGGUUUUCAGUUCUCAUAAAUGGUGAGGUUGCUGACUUCUUCCAUUCCUAUAGAGGCCUGAGAUAG